UUUUAAAUAGCGGCACGAGAUAAGAUAAAGUCACGUUGGUGUGCGACUAUGGGGUGCAACGUGAUGCCUCUGAAGAAAUACGCGGAAAUUAGCUACCGGGUGAAAUGCGUGGCCGUGGAGAACGAGCGGGUGUUCGGCGACGUGUACGUCACCCAACAAACGCGAAACAUGCUGUACUGCGCGGAUGGAUAUCAGUUUCCCUCGUUGUACGAGAGGAAGAGAUGCAAUCUGAUUCAGAAAGAGUGGAAAGGGCCGGAUUUCAUGGAGUUGAAUAGGAAAAAACCGAUCAGAAGGGCUAGCUUCGCGCCGCUCGAGGCGGAGAGGAAACGCUUGAAGAGAUCUAAAUCAGUCGGCGACACCAGAAGCCUGGUAGAUAACGAUUGGACGAGAAGUGACGGUGUAAAAAGUGAAAUCAACAUUUGCAAACCGAAGUCGUAUCCACCACCGUUGCCCAACCCACCGGUAAGGAAAGAAGGGACCGUUUCUUCGUUAGUGGAUCAAUUGUUGUUGGAUAUUUAUGGGUUGCCGGACGGUGAUAGAAGACGAUCGGAAAGCGACUCGACAGCCUCAUCUCUGAGGAUACAUCCGCAGCAUCAGCACCUGCAAAAGGCGCGUCUGUUGUGGAAAAACAAUCACGAGCUUCAAGUUUUGGUGAUGAAUUUACGCGAUCAUAUUAAUAACACAGGCGAGAUACUUGUUCGACAACUGCGUCGAAAGGAUUAUCUCAUCACCAAAUGUGAAAAAUUGUGCGCCAUAAUCACGGCUCACCUUCAGGCUCGCAGUCCAAAACGGGUCGAAGACACGAAGAUGAGAUUCAGCCUGACUCCGCAACCGGGAGAAAGUGGUUUCAUACAAUGGCUGGACGCGAUGAAAAUGGUAGCCAGGUUACCAGGAGGGAUUCCGCCGGAAUUUCGAAAGAAGUUAUGGCUGACGCUGGCGGAACGUCAUCUGGAGCAACGCGGUGUGGAUUGGAAGCAGGCUGAAAAGAUCUGCUUCAACGAGUGGAGCAAUCCUGACGAUGAAGAGCUCGGUAUACAAAUCGUUAAAGAUCUACACAGAACUGGGUGCAGUCUGUUCUGCGGCGCGGCUGGGAGAGACAAUCAAGCGGUGCUUCGCCGGGUUCUGCUCGGUUUCGCCCGAUGGAACAAGUCCGUCGGCUAUUGCCAGGGCCUGAACGUGUUGGCCGCCCUCGUUCUGCAAGUUAUGGAUCGGGCCGAGUCCGCGGCCGUGAAAGUGAUGAUCUACUUGAUAGAGGGUGUCCUGCCCGAGGUGCUGCGGGCCAGGCUGCCCAAGCUCUCGAAACACCUGGAGGCGCUUCAGAACGACGCGAAGGACAAGGCGACAGGCAGCAGUUACGAACCACCUUUGACCAAUGUGUUCACGAUGCAAUGGUUCCUCACUCUCUUCUGCCAUUGCCUGCCCCAAGAGGCCGUCCUCCGUGUCUGGGAUCUGAUAUUUCUCGAGGGAGACGAGAUAUUGCUGAGAACCGCGCUCGCCAUAUGGGAAGGACUCUCCGAUCGUAUCAUGACGGUCACAUCGGCGGACGAGUUUUACAGCAUAAUGGGAGUGUUGACGAGAGAGAUGCUCGAGUUCACGGAUACUAACAAUCUCGUAAAGAACAUCGUCAAUAUGGGAGCUCUGCACGGUGUGACAGGAUUGAGGGAGAAGCACAGAUAUAACAUCACACCUUGGGCGAGGAAACUUAGCGACGACGACGACAGCGAUACCGAGGAGGAUGAAAGGUUGGCCGUGGCCGCUGCCAUGUUCAGCAUGGCGCAACGUUUGAAGAAAGAUCGUAUACCACAAACGCUUGGAGCGCUGCAGGCCAUGGCACCCAGCAGCGAUCGAGAACGACUCGCUUUGGAUAUUAGCACGUUGAAACAGCAAUACGCCAAGCUGCGGGAACGGCAACGGCAGGCCCAUAUCAUACUUUCGGCUGCAUGUGCAAGGCAGACCAUGGUACCACCUCCUACUUCUCAGGCCAUGAAUCAUCUUUUAGUGGGCAAAAGUGCGCUCGUGAGUGGGAAGAAUCGUCCCUUGACUUUAUCUUCUGGCGCUGCGUCGACGAAGACGAGACCUACGAGUUUAAAUCAAAACCGAAGGGAUAAACAGGGUGUCACGCUUCAUUGGAAAGACACGAAAAAACCCAAGCAGAAACCUUCCAACGCAACAGAACCGGUCGAAAGCAAAGUUGUCACGCCACAAUCCACGGAAGCUGACCUAUCUCCAAAGCACAGCAACGUUGACAGCGACAGCGAUAGUACCUCGACGGAAUUGUGCGACGAGCCAGAUCGUCUGAGCGACGUUGACAGCGAGGAUCUGACCUCGGCAUCCGAAUCCUACGCCGCUGGAACGGACGAGGAGAAGAGCUCUCGAAUGGAUGGUUCACCGAUACCCGAGAAGAGCCUCGAUCCUUUCCUCGAGGAGAGAGGAGACGAGCCAAUCAACGCCGACGAUUCGACGAAAGAUUCGAAAAUUUCCGAGGAGAGCUUGGCCGACAUGUCGAUCGCCAAGAUUACCGAUCAAAUAAGACGAUUAUCGGCAGAGGAUGACAAUAAUUCCAUGGUUCCUCAAAAGUUUAGUAACGCUCAGGGCAAAGAAUCGCCUGAAGGCGAGCAAUCGAAAGAAUUGAGCACGGAGAAAUCGACGCCCGACCUGUCUACAGAUAUCUACACUUCCGAUACAGCAAAAAAAUCGUCGGUUUUGAACGACUACGAUUAUUCGAAUUUCGGUGACACCACGAUCACUUCGAAACAGGAUGACGUACAUACAUCUAAACGGACAAUGGACGAGAUUGUCGAUCGAAAUUACGAAAAUACGACAAUCGAGAAAGAUCGAAUCGAGGACAAAAUCGGACAAUCGAAUACGGUAAUCGAACAGGAUUGUUCGAGCGCGUAUUCGGAUUAUUCGACGCCGUUGGAUACGAAGUACGAUAGAAUUCCAGACAAACCAUCGACCCUCGAUUUGCCAACGAUCGAGAAUGAAAUUAAAUCGGAUCGCUUCAAAACAUCCUACGAUUUCUCUACGAGCAGAAUGCCUUUGGAAUUGGAGCCGUAUAAAAGUUUAAUCAUCAAUGACACUUCGGAGAAUAAAACGGAGAAAACAGGUCUCUACGGCAAGACUUACGUCGGUCACCUCCCCAUCUCUCCGAUCACGGUCGAUCAAAAGUUGAACAGAAUGACACCGAUCAAACACGAGAUUCGCAACAUCGUCGGAUCGAUUAUUCCCGACCAACCGGCCAAGACGAAAUUGGAGACACCUUACAUCGCUGAGAGAACGCACACAGCUGGCUCAAUUUCGUUGGAAACGUCGUUAGAGAAGAUGGCAUCGUACGACAUCCAGGUGCAAUCCAGCCAGACAAAACCGUACGCCGUGGAUCUGGCGAAGAGUCCCAAGACACCCGAGAGCAACAAAUCCUUCAGCUCGGGCGAAACGAUGGGGCCUGACUCGAAACCGUCGAGCUUGACCGUGAGUCCAAGAACCCCGGUCAGAUCGGAUUCUCGAGAUUUUUCCAUGGACAAAUCGGUGUGCUCGUCGGUCAGUUCGGAUUCGAAAACGUUGGUGCUUCGCUCCGCAGACUCGGACGGGACGAAGGACAGCGGGUGCAAGACGGAGGCGAGGAAGAUGUACGAGAUGUCCAGCUCGACGACGCCUAUCAGCAUGGACUCGUUGAAGACCAAGUCCAUUGAGGCGAGCCCAGCGAAACUGAUCGUGAGCAGUUCCAGCGAGUCGUGCAGCCCGAGCAAACUAAAGUCUUCCGAGAGGUCGUUCAGUUCGGACCUCCAAUCGCCAAUAAGUGCCAACUCGAUAAAGUAUACCUCGAAUUUCGCUAGGCGGGGCCAAGACGACGUGUCGGGCUCGCCCAUGGAUCUCAGUUGCGCCACCUCGCCCUUCUACCCGAUCUCGAAUCCGAAUCAGAAGACGCCCACCUCGCCCUACAGCGUGUCCAGGCGAAGGUCCAGCUUGGACAGCAGCGAAACCUCGCCCGAGCAGAAAUCGAGGGACAGUUCGAGGGAGUCGACGAGCAAGUUCCUGGGCUCGUAUCAGGCCAAGUUCGACUCGUCGUUGAAAUUGUCGUCCGAAAUUCUCGACAAGGAGACGGCGGAUGACACGGCGGCGCCACGAAAGGGGGAAAGCUACGUCAGAUCGGAGUUGGGCGUGUCGAGGAUGCACGAGGACUCGGCUGUCGGCUUGACGGACAGAAGGAAAGAAAGCGUUGGCGACGUCAAGUAUUAUCAUCAAACGAGCACCGAUUAUUACAGAAAGGAAAAGGACACGUACGACGAUGGAGGGGACGAUCCUCUGUCGGAGAAGGACGUGGUGCCCUGUUUGCCCCAGGAGAAGUUGGACAAGCGUUACUUGAACUAUCGUUACAGGGAUCGGUCGAAAUUAUUGGAAAGAAGUUCGAGCAGUUUGGACAGCAGGAGAUACGCCGACAUGAAAUCGUCGGCGUCCGCGGACGAGUUCACGACCACGAUCGCGAAGAAGAGGUCGAGCGACAUUUUGGAGGAUAUCAAGCAUCUCGAGGCGAAGGCGAACGACGGGAUGUCGGAGAGCGGUAUGCUGUCGAGGAAGAGCAGUUACAUCUGGGAGGAUAUAAAGAGUUUGGAAGCGAGAAGACAGGAUACGUUCAGUAAUUCUGCGAGGAAUUUCUCCAAGCAUCGUCUGGAGAUACCCGACAUCAACGUAACGGGCGAGGGUAGAAAGUCGUACGUGGUACGUCCGAGGAUCAACAUCGACGAGAACAGCGACAGCAUAUUGAAAAGCGUAAGUUGCGGCAAGAGCAACGACGCCGACGACGGCAGGGAAUCCAAGCUGGGCGUGUGGACCAAGGUGAAACCCCGGAAGAAGAGCGAGAACGGGCGAAGGAACAGCGACAGGGCGUUGAAGAUCAUUCAAGAGAACUCGGCUAUACUCCAAAAGAUCCUCGCUUGCCAAGCGAAGAAACGUUUGCCCGAUCUCGAAGAGAUAUCCAAAGAGAUCACCAUCAGUCCUAUAAACGAGGAAAUCUCGAAGAUCUUCAGCCCGAUAUUGGAGAAGAUGGGAUUGAACGAGCACGAGAUCAACGAGGAAUUGGCGCGGAUCAAUUUCAAGGACUUGGACAACAUGACCGCCACGAGCGUGUCCGAGUUCGACGCCAAGAUCAACGAGGAAUUGUCCAAACUUUCGCUGAUCGACGAAACGGAACAGAUGGAUCAUUUCGACGUGGACGAAGCGAUAUCCCACGAAUACCUGGACACCAGGGAGGCUUUGAUCGAUCGCAAGAUAAACGAGGAGUUGUCGAAAUUGUUGGCCAACUACGACGAUCGUUCACCGGCGAGCACCAUGACAACCAUGGACAAAGGGACGUCCAGUCAAAACGUGAGCGAGAUCGAGGGACUGGAUCUUUCCAGCAUCUCAACCAACGUGUUCUCCUAUAAAUCGUCCAACGAUUCGAUCGACGCGCGAAGCGACCUCCCCUCGACCCAGGAACCGUCGAUACCAUCGGUCGUCGACAAGUAUUCUAAAUACACGGAAAACGUAUUACCGUACACGGUAUCGAAAUACCAGGUGGACGACUCGUCGCCGAAGAGCGACAUAGACAUUUACAGAGAAUUGGAGAAGCUGGAUAAAAUCUCCUCCGCGCAAGUGUUGCCGGAUCCGAGUCUGGACCUUCCUCCCCAAAAGGAAUUGUCUUCGAUACCGUACGUCCCGAACAAAUCUCCUUUCGCGGACGUGCCAUCGUUGAGGUACGCCUCUAAACCGGUUCAAUACGACACCUCACCCCUCGACACCUCUUACGACCCUUACAACACGUUCGACUAUAAGCCCAACUUGUCGCCCAGCAAACACUCCGUCUCCAACCCGUUCGCGACCAAGGCUUCGUACGAGAAGCCGGGCGUCGCCGAAACCGCGGCAUUCGAGUACAUCAACCAUAAACCGGAGAUAUCGAUCAACGCGUACGACCUCCGCCUCAAGAGUCCGAUCAUGAGCAAAGAGUCGUUGGAAUUUCGCGUCAGAUACGACGACGAGCCGAGCAGAGAAGUCGGCUCCGAUUACGCGUCCCUUCAACCCGAGGUCAGACCCAUCCCCACUCCGAACAAAUCUCCUUACUUCAGCAAUGGAAACACCGAACCGUUCACGCCCACCAAGUACCAAGUUUCGAAAGAGGAAAGAGGAUGCUUGGACGCGACCACCGGUUCCUCGUUCCUGCACGAGUACGCGAGCGAAUCCUCCGACGUUCUUCGGAUUCGCAAGUACGACCCGUUGUCUCCCAAGGAAUAUUGCCACGCCAAGAGCACGCAAGACUACGACAGACACUUGGGCGGCGCGUUGCCCACUCUGGACACGGGGGCGGACUCGUCGGAAUCGUAUUUACCGAAGAGGCUGCACACCAGCAGGGAUUAUCACAGCCUGUCUCCGAAUCGUCAAUUCCCCGACAAACAUUUCUCCUCGACCGUCAAUCACUACGCCUCGAAACUUUCCCCGACGAGUUUAUCCGACGAGUCGAAACGGCCCGUCUCCCACCCGGAAUUCCCCGGCAAGAUGAGCAUUGGAAAAUAUCCGGAACUGCCCGACCGGGGUCCAACCGGUUACAAGAAAUCGUCUCUGAGCCUGGGGAACAUAGGGCACUCGAGCAAGGAUGAGAACAAUUACAGCAACGCGGUGACCAGUCCCAAGACCCAGUUCAGCCCGUUCCCCGUUAGAAACGCUCCUAGAAAGCCCAAAGAGCUCACGCUCAAAUUGGGCCUGUACUCGCCCAAGGGCUCCGAUCUGGGACAAUUGAAGAGGUCUUAGUGCACGAGGAUAAUUAUAAUUUCUGACUCGUCGCGUUCCGUUCUAUCUGCCUCGUACGAUCGAUGAACGAUUGUUUCUUUCCUUGUUGAAUAUUGUCCUGGAGAACUGUGGUCGGACCAUCAUGCUGUCGAAGCGGGCCUAAAAUGAUCGUUUCUCGUUUUGCGGUGCCUCGUGUUGCCAACGGCCGAAAUUACACGCGUAACACACGCGUCGUUUACGAAAUUUAAUGCACGGAUAUCGAUCGUAGAAAUUGCGGGCGUUUGCCUUCACACAUACACAUACAUAUAUAUGCUCGAAAUCGAACAUCGAUGGAGAGACAUUUAUAAACGUUUUUAAAAAAGCCUACGCUUCUAAGCGCGAUGUAUCGACGAUAAAGAGACGACGCGUCAGAAGGGAGAGAUAUCGCGUUACACGCAAGAAUAUCGUUGAACACGACCUAUCCAUCGUUUAUCAAUCGCGUAUUCAACCCCCUUUAACGUUAUAUAAUCGUGUAAAUCGUUUUCCCCCGGAUGUUUAUAGUUUACGAACGUUGAUCAAUUAUACAGACGAGUUUUUUUACGAGUUCCGCUUGAUACAGCUUGACACAAACACACACACACACACACACAUACACACAGGAAAUCUCCCCGACGUAGAAAACAAAUAGUGAUAAAGAGAGAGAAAGUAUGAGAGAGAGAGAGAAGAAUGUGUGAGAGAUAAGAAUGGAGAGAAAGCUUAAAUGGAAUAACGUAGAAAUCCUUGGCGAAAACGUUUACUCGUGCGAUUUCUAAUGCGAUGCCUUCAAUCUCCCUCCAAUCACUCAGAGAAAGAAAAAAAGAAAGGAAAGAAAAAAAAAACCUCGUUAUCGCGUCUCGAUUAUUCAGUAAAUUUGCGAUAAGUAGUCCGUGGAAGCGCACGAAGCUUACUGGAGAAGAGAAGAGAGAAAGAGAGUGAGAGAGAAAAGAAGGAAAGAGGAAAAGAGGGAAACGUUAACAAAAUGCCUUCCAUUCCUUCGAACGCGAUUCGCAUUACCACGGUGUAAUCUCUCUCGCGUGCGAUCGUAAAUCACCCCACUGAUCGCCAAGAUCGCCGUGGUAACGUGAAAUUUCCUUCGAACAGAUACAGAAUAUAUAAACGCAUAUAUAAAUAUAUAUACAUAUAUAUAUAUCCAGAGAUUGUAUAAAAUUAUAGAAAUUGUUACGACGAAGUCGCGAUGUAGAGCUUAAUUUGUCCGUACGUUUUGUCCGCAUAAGGAACCCUAUGCAGUGGAGAGGGCGUAUCGUUUAAACUAAGGAUCAAGCACCAUUAUUCGAGGGCUGGAGACACGAAAGGGGCAG